UAUUUCUGUCCUGAGUGCGGGAAAUGUUUUUCAAAGAAGUCCUAUCUUUCCAAACAUCAGAGAUCUCAUACGGGAGAGAAGCCGCAUUCCUGUCCUGAGUGUGGGAAAUGUUUUUCACAGACGUCUGAUCUUUCCAAACAUCUGAGAUUUCACACGGGGGAGAAGCCGUAUUCCUGUCCUGAGUGCGGGAAAUGUUUUUCACAGAUGUCUGAUCUUUCCAAACAUCAGAGAUCUCACACGGGGGAGAAGCCGUAUUCCUGUCCUGAGUGUGGGAAAUGUUUUUCACAGAAGUGUGAUCUUUCCAAACAUCAGAGAUCUCACACGGGGGAGAAGCCAUAUUCCUGUCCUGAGUGCAGGAAAUGUUUUUCACAGACGUCCAGUCUUUCCAAACAUCAGAGAUCUCACACGAGGGAGAAGCUGUAUUCCUGUCCUGAGUGUGGGAAAUGUUUUUCAAAGAAGUCCCAUCUUUCCAAACAUCAGAGACCCCACACAGGAGAGAAGCCGUAUUCCUGUCCUGAGUGUGGGAAAUGUUUUUCAAAGAAGUCCCAUCUUUCCACACAUCAGAGAACUCACACGGGGGAGAAGCCGUAUUCCUGUCCUGAGUGUGGGAAAUGUUUUUCACAGAAGUCCAUUCUUUCCAGACAUCAGAGAUCUCACACGGGGGAGAAGCCGUAUUCCUGUCCUGAGUGUGGGAAAUGUUUUUCACAGAAGUCCAAUCUUUCCACACAUCAGAGAUCUCACACGGGGGAGAAGCCGUAUUCCUGUCCUGAGUGUGGGAAAUGUUUUUCAUUUAAGUCCCAUCUUUCCACACAUCAGAGAACUCACACGGGGGAGAAGCCGUAUUCCUGUCCUGAGUGCGGGAAAUGUUUUUCACAGAAGUGUGAUCUUUCCACACAUCAGAGAUUUCACACGGGGGAGAAGCCGUAUUCCUGUCCUGAGUGUGGGAAAUGUUUUUCACAGAAGUCCAAUCUUUACACACAUCAGAGAUCUCACACGGGGGAGAAGCCGUAUUCCUGUCCUGAGUGUGGGAAAUGUUUUUCACAGAAGUCCAAUCUUUCCACACAUCAGAGAUCUCACACAGGGGAGAAGCCACUUACCUGUACUGAGUGUGGGAAAUGUUUUUUAUAUAAGUCCCAUCUUUCCAUACAUCAGAGAUCUCACACGGGGGAGAAGCCGUAUUCCUGUCCUGAGUGCGGGAAAUGUUUUUCAGAUAAUUCCAAUCUUUCCACACAUCAGAGAUCUCACACGGGGGAGAAGCCGUAUUCCUGUCCUGAGUGUGGGAAAUGUUGUUCAACAAAGUCCGAUCUUAACAAACAUCAGAGAUCUCACACGGGGGAGAAGCCGUUUUCCUGUCCUGAGUGCGGGAAAUGUUGUUCAACAAAGUCCGAUCUUAACAAACAUCAGAGAUCUCACACGGGAGAGAAGCCGUAUUCCUGUCCUGAGUGUGGGAAAUGUUUUUCAGAGAAGUCCAAUCUUUACACACAUCAGAGAUCUCACACGGGGGAGAAGCCGUAUUCCUGUCCAGAGUGUGGGAAAUGUUUUUCAUUGAAGGCCAAUCUUUACACACAUCAGAGAUCUCACACGGGGGAGAAGCCGUAUUCCUGUCCUGAGUGCGGGAAAUGUUUUUCCGAGAAGUCCGAUCUUUCCAGACAUCAGAGAUCUCACACGGGGGAGAUGCCGUAUUCCUGUCCUGAGUGUGGGAAAUGUUUUUCAAAGAAGUCCAAUCUUUCCAGACAUCAGAGAUCUCACACAGGGGAGAUGCCGUAUUCCUGUCCUGAGUGUGGGAAAUGUUUUUCAGAGAAGUCCAAUCUUUCCACACAUCAGAGAUCUCACACUGGGGAGAAGCCGUAUUCCUGUUCUGAGUGCGGGAAAUGUUUUUCAGAGAAGUCCAAUCUUUCCACACAUCAGAGAUCUCACACGGGGGAGAUGCCGUAUUCCUGUCCUGAGUGUGGGAAAUGUUUUUCAAAGAAGUCCAAUCUUUCCACACAUCAGAGAUCUCACACGGGGGAGAAGCUGUAUUCCUGUCCUGAGUGUGGGAAAUGUUUUUCAGAUAGGUCCGAUCUUUCCAAACAUCAGAGAUCUCACACAGGGGAGAAACCGUAUUCCUGUCCUGAGUGCGGGAAAUGUUUUUCACAGAAGUCCAAUCUUUCCACACAUCAGAGAUCUCACACGGGAGAGAAGCCGUAUUCGUGUCCUGAGUGUGGGAAAUGUUUUUCAGAUAAGUCCAAUCUUUACACACACCAGAGAUCUCACACGGGGAGAAGCCGUAUUCCUGUCGGUUCAGGCUCAAGAGCUACAAAAAAUGCCAAAAAACAGAAGGGUUCCCCCUCUGAUUCUGAUGAUGUGAAUCCAGCUAUGCCGGUACUUCCCCCUCCUGUUAUUCCGGCAGGGGUCGCCUUGGUUGAGCCAUUAGGGGAGGCUGGUGCUGAGGCUGGCCCAGAACCACCCAACCCUGUGUUUGUCACAGAGGAAGUACUAGCUGCCUCCCUGGGAGGGCUAGAAAAGAGGUUAGCCGCUAUGAUUGCUAACGCUAUUCCAGGCAAAAGGCGGACUAGAUCCCCAUCGCCUAGAUGUGUAUCCUCAGAUGCUGAAUUUCUCUCUCCCGAGGAAUUAAAGGUUCAGGAGGAUUUGUUGGACCGGAACCUAGAGGGAACAGAGUGGGAGGAAUCUACGGUAGAGGAACCUUUUUCAGCCUCCCAAGCGGAGACCCUAUGGAUCCAGUCUUUGACAGACUUGGUCCGGUCGGCAUUUAAGUUGCCCUCGCCUGAGCCUCAGGUCCCUGCGGUCUCCUCCUUGGGUUCUCUGAAAGCUCCCUUGAAUAACGCAGUUUUCCCGGUCCAUCCUCUCUUAGAGGAGUUGAUUUUCCAGGAUUGGGUACGACCAGACAGAAUUUUUCUGCCACCUAAACGGUUUUCGGUUAUCUACCCUAUGGAGGAGAAAUUUUCUAAGAGAUGGGCGCUCCCAGCUGUGGACGCAGCCAUCUCGUGUGUAAAUAAGUCAUUAACUUGCCCGGUGGAAAACAUACAUAUGUUUAAAGACCCGGUGGAUAAACGUUUGGAAACAAUAUUAAAAGCAUCCUUUGCUACGGCAGGAGCAGUAGUACAGCCAGCUGUGGCUGCUAUCGGGGUCUGUCAAGCCUUAAAGGACCAGACAAAACAAAUGCUUAGAGACAUCCCUGCCCAACAGGCAGAGGAGCUAUCGGAUAUUCCCAGAGCGCUGUGCUUUGCGAAGCAACAUUUUGAGCCGUUGGCUGAGUUUUCUUUGGUGUUACUGACAAAGAAGUUGGCCGGACCAUCGUAUUCCUCUUAUCCUGAGGAACCUCAGACUGUGAGGGAUGGUGCCGUCCUUCCAACAAAUAAGAUACUUUCCUGUACUGAUUGCAGGAAGUGUUUCCGUUUUCAAUCCGAAUUUUCCACACAUCAGAGAUCUCACACGGGGGAGAAGCCGUAUUCCUGUCCUGAGUGUGGGAAAUGUUUUUCAGAUAAGUCCAAUCUUUCCAGACAUCAGAGAUCUCACACGGGGGAGAGGCCGUAUUCCUGUCCUGAGUGUGGGAAAUGUUUUUUACAGAAGCCCAAUCUUUCCACACAUCAGAGAUCUCACACAGGAGAGAAGCCGUAUUCCUGUCCUGAGUGUGGGAAAUAUUUUUCAACAAAGUCCUAUCUUUCCAGACAUCAGAGAUCUCACACGGGGGAGAAGCCGUAUUCCUGUCCUGAGUGCGGGAAAUGUUUUUCAGAAAGGUCCAGUCUUUCCAGACAUCAGAGAUCUCACAAGGUGGAGAUGCCAUAUUCCUGUCCUGAGUGCGGGAAAUGUUUUUCAGAUAAGUCCAAUCUUACCACACAUCAGAGAUCUCACACAGGAGAGAAGCCGUAUUCCUGUCCUGAGUGUGGGAAAUGUUUUUCACAGAAGCCCCAUCUUUCCACACAUCAGAGAUCUCACACGGGGGAGAAGCCGUAUUCCUGUCCUGAGUGCGGGAAAUGUUUUUCACGGAUUUCCAGUCUUUACACACAUCAGAGAUCUCACACGGGAGAGAAGCCGUAUUCCUGUCCUGAGUGUGGGAAAUGUUUUUCACAGAAGCCCCAUCUUUCCACACAUCAGAGAUCUCACACGGGGGAGAAGCCGUAUUCCUGUCCUGAGUGUGGGAAAUGUUUUUCACAGAAGUCCAAUCUUUCCACACAUCAGAGAUCUCACACGGGGGAGAAGCCGUAUUCCUGUCCUGAGUGUGGGAAAUGUUUUUUACAGAAGUCCGAUCUUUCCACACAUCAGAGAUCUCACAUGGGGGAGAAGCCGUAUUCCUGUCCUGAGUGAGUGAAAUGUUUUUCACAGAAGUCCGAUCUUUCCACACAUCUGAGAUUUCACACGGGAGAGAAGCCGCAUUCCUGUCCUGAGUGCGGGAAAUGUUUUUCACGGAUUUCCAGUCUUUCCACACAUCAGAGAUCUCACACG